AUGCUGGACCUCCAAACCCGCCGCAAAAUCUGCGAAGACACAAUCACGCGCUCCGCCUCAAUCGCCUCAUCAACACCAGGCGGCUCCCUCUCCUCCCACUUCAUCCCUUCUCAACUCCCACCCCUUUCCAAAUCGCAUGCCAACUAUCCAAACCUCACCCUCGCACCCAUCACAGUGCACAACUCGGACACAUUCGCCCUCGCCCGCACGCUCCCACCUGGCAGCAAAACCGCCGUCCUCAACCUCGCAAGCAACUACGAGCCCGGUGGCGGCUGGCGCUACACGCUGUCCGCGACGCAGGAAGAAGCGCUGUGUUAUUCGUCGACGCUGUACGCUACGUUGAAGGCGGAAUGGUAUCCGUGGGCGAACUUGGGGGUGGAGUCGUGUAAGGGCAUUUACUCGCCUGGCGUCGUAGUAUUCAAAGAUACGUUAGAGAACAACUGCGUUUACUUACCUGAGCCGCAUGUACUUGGUGUGAUUACCGUUGCGGCGCCGUGCCAGCCCGCACUCACGCCGGAUGGACAAGGCUUUGCGAAUGAGACAGAUCUGAACGAUUUAAGGGAGAGGAUCUUACUGAUUUUGCGCAUGGCGGCGGAGAAUGGGGCAAGGAGUCUUGUGCUGGGGGCGAUGGGGUGUGGGGCUUAUGGGUGCCCGCCGGAGUUAGUGGCGAGGGAGAUGAAGGGGAUGAUUGAACAGCAGGAAUUUGAGGGGUGGUUCGAGAGGAUUGUGUUUGCAGUUUACGCGGCUGGAAGGGUGGGAAAAGGAAAUUUAGAGGUGUUCAAGGAGGUUUUUCGGUAG